AUGCGCACAAGAAACCGUUUGGCGGGUAAAUCGGAUCGUUAGACAGUAGUCGAAGAGGUGAACCGCUCUAAAACGGGAGGCAAUAAACCGGUUCAGUUUUCUGUAAAACGGAUUCAUGGAGUUGAGUGCUGUUGUGGAGCAGGAAGAGGUGGUUUUAACAGAGCCAGAGAGUGAAGAAGCAGACGAAACAUUUUAUAUGAACAGAUUGUUAAUGGUGGGCACAGAGGGAACCCUUCCAGACUCUCCUCACAUUAACCCUGGAUCCUCUUAUGAUAAUGUAAUUUCUCCACAGAUUGAGGUUUUGCCCAAGAGAUGCCAGAAGAGACUUCUUGAGAACCAACUGGUUGAUGGAAGCCUACUGGUUCAUUCAGCAUGGGAGGAUGCUGUCAACAAGGAUGGUGACAAUUUAACAAAUGUGGAUCACAUGACAGAUACAGCGGCACCCAGGAUAAAGACUCAGAAAAGGCAAAGAACCUGUACCAAGAAUGUGAGGAUAGGGCAGAAUACAAGUCCACUCAAAUGGUUGCUAAGAUCAUCCUGCAAGCCUUAUCCUCAGCAAAGCGAAGAAAAUCAGCAGAAAGGAAAGUCAAAGACAAAGAUUACAAAAGUAACUAGUAAAAAGAGGCAAAAUAGCAAGGAUUCGUCAUCUAAAAAAAGUGUGCCCAGAAGGAGAGUCAUCGUAUCACAUUCGUCCAGAGGGGGUCAGCAGAGUCCAGGGGACAAGCUUUCCAGCAGCUUAGCAAUAAAUAAACCAAAGACAGGGAAAGUCCUGAACAUGAAAAGCAUCCACAAAAGAAAUAGAUUUGGAGAAACUCGGCUACACACUUCUGCACGGAACGGAGAUGUUCAAUCUGUAGACAAUAUGAUAAAAGUUGGUGCCUGUGUCAACGUGGCAGAUAACGCAGGUUGGACUCCUCUUCAUGAAGCGGUGUUGCAUGGUCAUUAUACCAUUGUAAAAACUCUGCUUAAAGCUGGAGCAGAAGUAGAUCAUGCAGGGUACAAUAGAAUUACUCCCUUACAAGAUGCAGUAUUGCUUGGCAACCUUGAGGUUACAGAGCUGCUGCUGAAGCACAACGCUGAUCCUUUACUGAAGAAUAAUAAAGGAGAAGCUGCCAUAGACAUCAACAAAGAUUUAAAUGUACAGAAUCUGCUAAGAAAAUAUAUAUCUACGACCCAAACAAUGUGUUUGUCAGAUCAAAGAGUGCCUAUUGCAGAGUCUUGUGUGGAAAGUGGAAUUGAGGAUUCAGGAAGGAGACAUUGUAGAGAGGCAAGACAAUCUGCUGAGAAAGAUGAAGCAACAACCAAUCAGCAGAGCACUAAAACAGAAGCUUCUGUUGGUCCAGAUGCAGAAGAUAAAGAAAAUGUACAAGACUCCUCCUUUGAUGGAGAGGGCUCUUCUAAAGUGUCUCCAGCACUGACUAUGCCGCUACAAGAAGGACAAGCUAAAAAGGUGAUCCUUGCCGGCUCAUUACUGGCACAUGAUGGCAGUUUACACAUUCAGGAUCCAGAACAUCUUAUUCCCGACACUACAUCUUCGAUGGCCAGUGAUAGUGAAAGUGAUGUCACUGUGGAUUACAUAGAGACUCAUUCAUCAUCGCCUGGGCACUGGUUUUUAAGCGCCACUCAGGAUUUCUCUGGAUCCCUACACAGGCUAGUGGCUGAAAUUACGAGGAGAGAUGCCAACAGCUUAGACGCGGAUCCUCAUGCAAGUCAGAGCUUGGUUUCAGCUGCUAAGAAAAGUAACCUAAUUCGAUCUAAAGACUCACAGAGGAAUAUCACUGAUAGUGCAUCAAAAAGGAGCUUGGAUGGAUCCAGAGAUGAUCAGGAAACUGUGUCAAGAAAAAAGAUUAGACGAAUCUCUGUGACAAACAAAAACGAGGCAUUUUUAGAUUACUUACUUAAUUUUGAUCUUAACAGUGUCUGUGUGGCAAACAGUGGAAGUGGAAAUGAAAGCGUAGCCAAAAAAGGAUCAGAUGGAUCUGCUUCAUAUGCAUAUGCUUCUCCAAUUCACAACAAUGUUAGUAAGAAUCACCUUACAGCUUCUGCUAUUAGCCAAAAAGAUACAUGUGCUUCCCAGACUCAAAUUGACUCGCCUGUAGACAGCAGUGUUUCUCUUCUUGCACCCUGUCUAAAUCACCUCAGUGCAUCAGAUCUAGAAGAACAGCCUAUGGUGGGGGAGCCACUAAGGGCAGUGAUGCUCUCACCAUUACCCAGUACAGGAACAAACCUUGAAUCAGCUGACUGUGAAUCGCCAUCUUUACUUACAGGUACCUAUAGGAUUCAUGACCAGGUACUCACCUGCAGUCCAGAGCCCCAUGUUAGACUAAAUGUGUUUGAACAGUCAGAAGUAACUGAUGAGUCAUUAAAAACAUCAAGAAGUAUUAAAGAAACAAGCAAAUCAGUCACAUCCUCACCCCAGAUGUGUGUUGGUGGAGACAUCCGAAAACAAAAGGCUUUGCCACUCCUUAACCUUUCUAGUGGGUCAAUCACAAAGGAUGACGCAAGUGAAUUGUGUCAGACCAACAUAGACACUGUGAACAAUCUCCCAAGCAAUGAAAUGCUGUCAAGCUCUGAAGAGACGAUCACUCCCAGUCUACAUCUGUCCUAUGGGAACCUUCUUCAUUCUCGGAUUGACAAACUAGUCACACCCACCAAACAAGUCCAGCAAAGACAAGACAAUAGAGACUCAGUCAACAGUCAACUCAGCUGCACUCAAGCUCCUGCCAGUCCUUCUAAAACUUGUUCCAUUGUCAGCACUGAGAUUCAGGAUGGUGGACAAUCAGGGUUAAGGUUAGUUGAGACCAUUUUAGAAACAGAAAAGAAAAACACGAUCACCCCAGAUGUCAAUGUUCCUGAACCCUUAUUAGUGUUAACAUUACCUUGUGCUAAAGAUGACAGUACAGAUGUUGAAAAUGAUGAUGCUGCAGUUUCUACAGAUUCAGACUGCACUGUUGUUGAAGAGCCUGAAUCCAAUAAGACCACUGACAAAAAGGUUGAGGAUGUUGCUGUAUGCCAGCUAAACCAAAAUGACAUCUCGGUGGCCAUCAUCUCUGAUGAAGAACAGUGUAUAGAAAUGCAUGGUUUGCAAAGAGCUCCUGAUGCGAUUCAGGAACCCUCAGUUUCUACAGAUUCAGACUGCACUGCCGUUGAAGAGCCGGAACUGAAAAAGACAACUGAUAAAGAUGUUAAGAAUGUGGCAUGCCAACUAAACCAAAUUGACGUCCCUGUUGCUAUCAUCUGUGAUGAAGAACAGUACAUUGAGAAGCAUGGCUUGCACAGAGCUCCUGAUGAGCGAGGCACUGGAGAACAAAGAGAGAACACAGCUGACCCACUAGACACAGGGACCUCUGUCAGCAUUCUGAGAGACUUGGCACAGAAGCCACUGUGUUUACUUCCAACAUCAGAUAACAAUCAAGAGAGUUCAGACAGUGUCAAAGAACAUAAUCUUCAGAUAGCAGUGGAAAAUGAAGAGGUUUCAUUUACUGAUAAGCUGAUAAGCCAGCACCAGAAAAAAACAGAAAUCAGCACUUCAGACGUACGGAAAAUGUCAUCGAAAUUCAAGCUCGACAAACACUCCAACAGUGUUAAUGCAGGAUGGACUUCUCUACACAAGGCCACAAGUACAGCUGGUCAUGUGGAUGUGCUGGAGCAGCAUUUGCAUGCAGGUGCAGAUGUCAAAAGGCCCAGUCCGGAUGGUGUCAGUCCACCACAUUCUUCCAUUUUCUGUAGACACUAUGAGCAUGACACAAACCCUCAUGAUAAGCAAGGUUCCGGUUGUUUGCCCCAUGAACACAAGCUGCAAGACAAUCACAUUUGUAAAACACCACCUUCUGCCUUCUGCUCUGAAGGAAACACAAGUGGACACAAAAAGGACAGUUCAGGAAGCAGUGUUUUGUGUGAAGAGAUGUUUUUGCCUUUAACACUUCAGGAAGUGGAAGAGAAGCAGAACGAGAUGUUGGCCUGGAGUCUGAAUGAGCCUGAGGAUAGAGACAGAUUUACUGUCACCCUUUUAGAAACACAGACAGUGUUGAAUAAUGUGUUCUUCAAACAACAUGUAGAGAAGAUUCACCUAAGUAAGGAAGCCAGGACAACACCUAAUUCUAUCCAUGAUGGUCAGCUAAGCCAGGCUCUGUUGGACUUUGCCUCGCGUCACAAGUACUUACUCAUGCUUCUCCAGAAGCAGAAUGAACUGCUCAAGCAUAAAUUGAAGAUGUCCACAGACCAGCACUGUUCCAGCUCCAAUACCUCAACAGAAAUAUCAGCACUGAAUGAUCCAAAGCAUAGUCUACCUGACACUGACCAGGAUGAGGAACACAGUAAUGUGUGUCACCAUAAUUAUUCCACUUCCAAUCACUCACACCUGGAAUCACAGAGUGUUACCUCAAACCUUGCUUGCCCUAGUUUGCUGUCAGAAAGGCCUGCAACCCCUGAUGAUAAUAGGAUUUCGAGAGGUCUAAAUAGGAAGGGAGUUAUUCAGCCAGAAGAUAAUACUUUGGAAGUGCCACUAAUGGGUUCCAGCCAAGAGUCCUCUCUUAAGCACACCAGAGGCAAAACCUCCAGUGCUGCAAAGCACAAAGUGAUGACACGUGGAUCAAAGACACCAAAGGAUUGCUCAUUAACUGCAGUUUUCAGUUCAAGAAGUGGACCACAACAACAGCAAGUGCAUGCACCAGGGCUCACUUGUACCAGAUCUUCUGCAGAAGGUGUUGCAUGGCUAAGAAAGUAGUACAUACACUGUGGUUAGAAGAUUCUUUCAUGUGUUCCGAUCCUGUACUCACUUACCCCGCCCAAAGCUUUACUUCCUACACAUUAAACCUCAACAUUUCUGAUGUAAACAACGUACAGAGAGAGUCAGAAGCUGCAGGACAACAUUUUAUGUCAGAACCGAAAGGGAAACAUAAUUAAAAGGAGCAUUACAUUACAUUGUAUUUAGCGGAUGCUUUUAACCAAAGUGACAAAUAAUGAUAUACAUAAGCAAGAGUAAAACAUUUAUUAAGGUUUGAAAGAGACCAGAAGAGUAUCAUUGUGAUGGAGGAAAAGAUGAGGAAUAAGGUUAAAAAUUGUUCGUUUGUUAAAGGUGUUUGGAGAGUAGAGCUCCAAAUGGUCCAGCGGGCUAAGCGCUGCCACUGUGAUCAGGAUAUCAUCGGUUUGAAUCCUGUUCAUGUAGUUUUCCAUCAAAUACCAGAGCCUGAGAGAGCACAAUUAGCUUUGCUCUCUCUGGGUAGGUAAAUGACACUCUCUCCCCACAUCACUCCAAAGGGUGAUGUUGGUCAGCACAAGGCAUCUGUACGCCCAUGUGUCUGAGCCAAUUCGCCGUGCUUUCCUCCAAGCGCGCUGUGAUGCUAAGUAAUUGAAAAGAGGUGAUUGCUUCACCUGUAUCUAUUCUUCCCCCUCCUGGUGUUGGGGGUAUCACUAGUAUUAAUGAGUGUGUUGGGCAAUUGUGGGUUAGGCAAUUGUCCUUGUAAAUUAGGGAGAAAAUGAGUGUUUAGAAUGUAAGUGCUUAUUGAAGAGCUCCGUCUUUGGAAGGUUCUUGAAGUAGUUCAUGAGGGACUGUCAAGCUCUGGUAGCAGUAGGUAGUUUGUUCCACGAUUGGAAAGCUAGGUAGAAAGAAAGUCUUGAUUGCUUUGUGUGAAUGUUUGGCUAAGCUAGGCAAUGUUCACUGGAGGAGUGCAGAAGCCAGGAGGUAACAUAAGCCUUUGGAAGCAAAUGAAUGUAGGAGGGAGCCUGCUCCUUUAUCACCUUAUAGGCAAUCAUUAGGGCUUUAAAUUUAUUACGAGCAGCAACCAGUAGACGAGCUCAAUGAGCAGUGGGGUGAUCUACCAAAUACUCCAGAAUGUAAUGAGUAAGGGGGCCUAUAUAUUACAUCAUGGCCGUCAUCUUGAAAGCUGCCACAUUUCAUUUCUAAGAUAUAAAGGGUGUCCUGACUGUUGACUCACUCUGUAUAAUUGGCCAAGGCCUUUACCACCUUUAUAAUCCUUUCCAAGAAUGAAUAGUUUUUUUUUUUUUUUUUUUUUUUUAAAUAAA